UCUGAAGGGCUCUUUGCUUUCUCUCCACCCCCUCAAAUCACCCUCUACGGACCCGGGUGUCACAGGCCGUUUCCCCUCCCUGUUCGCGUCAGUCCCCUCAACGCUGCCCCCUGGAGUCCCUCCGGCCGGGACUCCCUCCCCACAGGCGCCAAACCCGUUGGCGCCGCCGCACAAAAGCCGCCCCUUCCCCUCAAGCCAUUUCCCGCGGCUACUUUGGAGCAGGUCGGCGUGCGGUGUGCGGCCCCGGGCAGUCCCCUCCGGCAACAAAGUGCCGCCAGAGCCGGCCGCUUCCAGCGGGUUGGCGGGAGGCGCGUCGCCCCGGCUGGGGCUCCUCGAGGCGGGCGGAGGGGACCCCGGAGAGGCAGCGCGGAAGGCGGCGGUCGUCCCGGCGGCUGAAGAUGGAGCAGCCGCCCCGCGAGACCCACCUUCGGGAGCAGCGCCAGGAGGAGCAGGAGCGCUCGCGCUCGCACACGGUCUCCACCACCGCCAGCUCCUUCACGGCCAACCUCUCCUCCACCUCCAGCACCCUCGCCUACGACAAGGAGUUCCUGAGGACUGCGCCUGGGAUCCUCAUGGUGGCGGAGAUUGUAUUAGGGCUGCUGGUAUGGACACUGAUUGCUGGAACAAAAUAUUUCCUGUAUCCUGUCUUUGGAUGGGUGAUGUUCGUGGCUGUGUUUUAUUGGGUUCUUACUCUCUUCUUUUUAAUCAUCUACAUGACAAUGACAUACACUAGGAUUCCCCAAGUGCCAUGGACCACAGUGGGACUGUGUUUUAAUGGCACUGCUUUUCUUUUGUACUUCAUUGCUGCCAUUGUAGAUGCAUGUGCCGUCACCAAAGAAUUGGAUAGCCACAACUAUAACAGCUGGGCAGCUUCUUCAUUCUUUGCCUUCAUUGUCACUGCCUGCUACGGUGGAAAUGCCUAUUUUAGUUUUGUAUCCUGGAGAACACAGACCUUACAAUAAACAUUUUAGUCAAUAAAAUAAAA